AUGUCUGUCGAACUUACCGAUUUAGAUAUCUUUGCCCUCCCUCCUCCUCCGCCGGCCGAUAGCGAGGAAACCCUUGCUCUGAGGACUGAGGUGGACGAGCUGUGCGCCCGUCUCACCAAUAUGAUCCAGUCGGCACCCUCUCAAGACGACGAGGAACACCUGUCGGAGAAGGAGGAGUGGUGCUUGAGUUGGAAACAACUCAAAUCACUCCUUGCUUUACGCUUGACGUUCGCGCGGGACACCAAGGUAACUAUCGACUUGCCCGUCUCUGCCAGGCAAGACGGGCAGAAAGGUGACCUCCUCUGCGCGGCGUUUCAACGCCAAGUCACUGCCUUGAAGGAUGCCGCGGCAAAGCAGGUCGAGCCGACCGCGCCCACCACCACCCCCGCUGUAACCACCCCCACCGCUGCAACCACCCCCACCGCUGCAACCACCACCCCCGCUCCAAUUACCACCCCCGCUGCAACCACCACCACCGUUGCAACCCCCACCCCCACUCUAAUUGACAUCCCCACCCCCACCCCCACUCCAAUUGACAUCCCCACCCCAACCACCACCUCCGCUCCAAUUACCAUCUCCACUCCAACCACCCCCGCUGCAACCACCACCACCAUUGCAACCACCACCACCGUUGCAACCACCACCCCCGCUCCAAUUGACAUCCCCACCCCAACCACCACCUCCGCUCCAACCACCACCCCCGCCGCAACCACCACCUCCACUCCAAUUACCAUCCCCACGGCAACCACCACCACCGCGCCAACCGAUCCGAAAGAGCAGACGGAGCAGGAUGGGGAGGAGGAAAGAGAGCAACCACCCAUUGAGAGUUCGGGUGCGGCUGCUGCAAGGUCUAUCCCGCAUGGUUUUUUUUCUGCACCCCCGCAGGCGUACUGA